AUGAGGAUGUUAUUGACGGUUAAAAAAGGGUCUGCCAGUUAUGAUGACAUCAAAGCAAUCGACGAGUUCAAGCAUCAAACUUUCAAAGAGGCAUGUUUUGCAAUGGGUUUUCUGCAAGAUGACAAAAAGUUCAUUGAGGCAAUAAAAGAUGCUUAUAAUUGGGGUUCUGGGGUAUUUUUGCGUAAGCUUUUUGUUACAAUGUUGCUAUCAGCUUUAAUGAAUAGGCCUGACCAUGUUUGGCGCAAUUCAUGGAGAUACUUAUCAGAUGAUAUCAUUUAUGAACAAAGAAGAUUGUCACAUAAUCUAGAACUAUCACCAUCAGAUGAAGAAAUCCAAGAACUAACAUUGAAGGAAAUUUAG